UAUUUUGAUAUGGACGGUCCAUAGUGCUCCUCACCUGAAACCGUUUUUCUGAAAGAACACUUCUUCCCGUCAAGGAGCGGGGAUCCGAGUCUGAACGCCUCGUCGCCAGAAGCAGAGAAGCAGCGAAUUUGGAAGGGCCUUGAGAAGGAGGUCAAAAGCUGAACACCAAUCGGAGCACCCGAACUUGAUGGAGAAGAUGAAGAGUGCAUAUUCAACGGAAAGGAGGAAGAAUUGACGGAUUCGAAAAUUUCAAUCUCUUUUCCAGUCGGAACCUCAAAUAGCUCCACCAGUAGGUAAUUACCUGUUUCGUCAUCCCUUGUGCAGUAGAUGAUAAAUUUUCAUCCUAAUUAGCGCUAAGUGAAUGAAACGACGAACCAAAACAAGCGUGAAGGAGGGGAGCUGAAUCACGUUUCCUUAUUCUUGGCCUACUUUCGUCGAAUCAAACCCUAAACCAUUACUCAAUUCGAGAAGAUGGGAAUUAUCGCUGCUACAACUACUUCUGCAAUAUGGAAAGAGAUAGAACUUGCGGAGAGCUAUCUUGUUUGUUCCAUGUUCGAAGAAGCGGCGUCAUUAGCUUCAUCUAUCUUUAAGCGUCUACGUGAACGUGGUAGAGGCAUGGCAACCGAAGAAGAAGCUUCUCAACUGUACGACAUGCUGGAAUCAACUGGUAUGGUGCAGGUUCAGUCGUUAAAGGAACUGGGCAGGACAUUUGAAAUUCUGAAUCAACUCAGACAGUGUUUUGUGUCGGUAAAGUUCAUUCCUGCUCAAGUUCUUCUUACUGGGGCUUGCUUCCAAAUCGCAGACGGUUCUCCUUUGGCCGUUCGAGAGUUCCUUGAAGAAUUUCUUAAUGGCUGGAUUCUUGAGGGUGAACAAUACUACACUGUCGUAGCAGAAGCAGACUUAGAGCGUGAAGUCGGGGAUAAUAUACAAAUUGUUCUAGGAAUUGAUAAUUAUGUGGAAAUUGUUGAGGUCUAUGCUGUCACUCUUCUUGCGACAGUUCUAAACAAUGUAGACCUUGCUAUUUCCUGGGUUGAGAAAGCUCCAUUGCCUGAGGAAAAAAGACAGGGAAUUUUGAGGAGGCUACACUCUAUGCAUUCCUCUAAAUCUACCAACGCGUCCCAGAUUUCCCUUGCACAAUCAGCAGCAAAUAAUAAUGAGGCUUUUUCUCUGGCAGAACUACAGUCAUGUGAAAGCUUGCCCAAUGCCUUAAAAGGCAAGCACCCAGACAAUAGAAAGUUCAGACCAAAAGAAGCGAUUCUAAAAUUGUCUGAACGAAUAGAGCCAUGUUUCUGGUGCUUCCGUUCUAUCAAUUUGAAGCUUGGCAAUACUCAUUUUGUCAUAUCUAAGGGGAAGAUAAUGCUUGGUUGUGUGGUCUUGCUUAUAUGUUAUGUUUUGAAGAAGAAGCAAGCUAGUGUAAAAAGAACUGUGAGAAGGCAAUUAACUGCCGUGAAGAGGGCAUUGGUAGAUAUAUGGCAGCUUGCAUUUUCGUACCAGGUAAACCCUCUAGCUGCUGUUCAACCUCUUCCUACCGCUACACGCGGAGGUCAGUGAUGGAGUUAGAGGCCAUUCAUGACCUAGCAUUUGUAAUUCCUGGAUUGAUUGAACAGCCUUAUGGUUCUUGCCCUUGGAAGGCCGCAUUAUUUA